AUGUCAAACGGAUACGCUGGACGUGCCUGGCUGUGUUUGUGGCAUGCUAAAGAAGAGGAUGAUGCAAUUCCUAGAGCUAUCACAACAUUUCUUAUCAUAGCAAUUGCAACACUUACUUUUUUGGUUUUUUCCGUGUUCCGGAAGCGAAACAACUCGAAGGCUCCAUUGCCCCCAGGGCCCCGAGGCGUGCCAUUCCUCGGGUACCUCCCAUUCCUAGGAAGCAAUCUCCACUGGAAGUUCACCGAAUUGGCUGAGACGUACGGCCCCAUCUACAAACUCCAACUCGGAAGCAAGUUAUAUGUCGUGGUCAACUCCCCGUCACUGGCCAAAGAAAUUGCUCGGGACCAGGACAUGACUUUUGCCAAUCGCGACCCGAACAUCGCCGCCACCAUCUCGUCAUACGGCGGAAGGAAUAUUGCCUUCGCAAGCCAGGGGCCUUAUUGGAGGAAUCUCCGCAAACUGUUUGUACGGCAUUUAAUGAGCAAUGCAAGCCUCGAUGCCUGUUACGACUUGAGAAGACAGGAGGUCAGGAAAGUUCUGAGGGAUCUGUAUAGAAAAUCCGGGGUGCCGGUAGAUAUCGGGGAGUUGACCAUUCUGAUCUUGAUUAACGCGAUGAUGGCGAUGCUGUGGGGAGGGACGCUUAAGGGAGAGAAGCGCGAAGCCGCGGGUGCCGAGUUUCGAAAGGUGGUGGAAGAACUCAUGGUGCUCUUAGGUAGUCCGAAUGUUUCGGACUUCUUCCCAGCGCUCGCUUGGCUUGACCUGCAAGGAGUGGAAAGGGACAUGAAAAGGGUGAAUCAGUGGUUUGAUGAUUUUCUUCAGUCUGUUAUCGAUUGCGCAACCGGAGGAAGAACAAAUGAACUGUUCAAGAAGGAAGGAGAAUCUGAAAGAAAUGAACAAAAAAGGGACUUUUUGCAGAUUUUCCUGGACGUGGAGAUGGAUCUUGAAGAUAACCAUUCACCAAUGGACAAGAAUAGAGCUCUCAAAGCCAUUCUUAAAGACAUCAUGAUUGGCGGGACCGAUACAACUUCAACAAUGGUCGAGUGGGUGAUGGCAGAGUUGCUGCGGAACCGAAAUAUGAUGGACAAAGUAAUCCACGAGCUGACAGAAGUCGUGGGGGACGACAAGAUGGUCGAAGAGCACCACUUGCCCAAAUUAAAGUACCUCAAUGCUGUCAUCAAGGAAGCAUUUCGCUUGCACCCAGCGCUACCCUUAUUGGUGCCUCGGACCCCUCAUGCUUCUUGUGUCGUGGGGGGUUACAUGAUACCCAAGGGCAGUAACGUAUUCCUGAACGUGGGUUACAUCCACAGGGACCCCACGAUUUGGGACAGACCAUUGGAGUUUAGACCCGAGAGAUACUUGGAAGAUCCCAGCAAGUAUGACCUCUCGGGCAACGACUUCACAUACAUGCCUUUCGGUUCUGGUCGAAGGAUGUGCGCAGGGCUUCCACUGGCAGAGAGGAUGCUAACGUUUUCUUUGGCCUCUCUUUUGCAUUCAUUCGAGUGGGAAUUACCGCAAGGGGUGGAGCUGGAACUAUCGGACAAGUUCGGGAUUGUGGUCAAGAAAUUGAAUCCCCUGGUGGCCAUUCCCAGGCCGAGUUUGUCCACUCCAGAGCUCUACAUGUCGAGAUAG